AGAGUCAGUGCAUUAUCUCUCUCUGUUAUACAGUAUCUCUCUCUCUCUCUCUCUCUUUACCUCUCUUUCUCUACCUCUCUCUAUCCUUUACAUCUUGCAGAUCAGCGGGAUCACCUGUACCAGCAUAAAAGAGAAUUCGCCACAAUGAGUCCGAAGAACAUCAUCUUUAAGAAAAUGUCCAAAGACAAGUCGGUGGGUGUCUACAUGGGCAAGCGUGAUUUUGUGGAUAAUGUAAAGUCAGUGGAACCUGUGGAUGGUGUGGUUCUGAUAGACCCGGAGCAGCUGAAAGGCAAAAAAGCAUACGUGGCCUUGUCCUGCACCUUCCGCUACGGCCGAGACGACAUGGACGUGAUGGGAAUCGCCUUCCGGCGGGACAUUUACCUCUCCACCCGGCAGGUCUACCCCGCCCUGCAGGACAAGAAGCAGUGCACCAUCACCCAGGUGCAGGAGAAGCUGCUGCGCAAACUGGGAGACAACGCCUACCCCUUUUUCUUCGAGUUUCCUGAUAAUCUGCCGUGCUCUGUUGGACUCCAGCCAGCUCCUAAGGAUGUGGGGAAGCACUGCGCUGUGGAGUUCGAGGUCAAGGCCUUCAUGGCUGAGAGCCAGGAUGCUAAAGUCCGCAAACGGAGUACAGUCACCCUGAUGAUCCGUAAAGUGCAGUACGCCCCAGACGAGACCGGUCCGGCUCCCACCGUGUCCAUCACCCGGGACUUCCUCAUGUCGGAUAAACCCAUGCAUGUGGAGGGGAGCCUGGAGAAGCAGAUUUUCUAUCAUGGAGAGCCCAUACAAGUUCGCGUCAACAUCAAUAACGAGUCGAACAAAAAUGUGAAGAACAUCAUUCUUUCAGUGGAUCAGACCGCCACUGUGGUGCUGUACUCCAACGACAGCUACAUGAAGUCAGUGGAUGUGCUGGAAACUGAGGACAGUCUGGGAGCUGGUGGAAAAAUGGAGAAGACGUACACACUGCUCCCUCUUCUGGCCAACAACAAGGAGAGGAGAGGAAUCGCACUGGAUGGAAAACUCAAGCAUGAGGACACUAAUCUGGCCUCUUCUAGCAUAAUUAAAGAGGGAGUUCUGAAGGAGGUGUUGGGGAUCUUGGUGUCCUACAGAGUGAUGGUAAAGCUCAUCGUCGGGGGGAUGAUGGGAACAAGUGAGGUCGGUCUGGAGCUGCCGUUUCAGCUGAUGCACCCAAAGCCUGAUUUAGUGAAAGAAAAUGAGGAGGAGGACAUGGUGUUUGAGGAGUUUAGACGUGCCAACCUGAAGGGCAUGAAGGAGGACGAAGAGGAGGGGAACAUAUCCGCCGGCGAGCCGUGAAGAGCACCAUGGCCAUCGCUGACGUUCUGCACUGAUACUGAAGAUACUGUAGAAGACAGUAGAUGGAGGAGUGGACACUGAACAUUCCUUAUGCAUAGAGAUUUCACUGAGAUUACACCCUCAUAUCCCCCUCCAAGAGCCGUGGAGGACCAGUAGAGGACCAGUUCUUGCUGUAGGUGGAUUAGGAUGCUAGGAGAUAAUGUAGAUGCGGGAUCUUCUUGAAUCUUCUUCAUUAUUGAAUAGAUUGAUAUUCUUGAAGGUUUGGGCCCUUUUUUUUAAGUGGUCCCAGAAUCAUGUAUUACACUGACAUGCCAAAUGUCCUUGGACUAAGGUGUCCCAUGACUUUUGGCACAUUUCAUGGAAGGUAAUCUGGACAGUUCAUUACCACGAUCAUUACCACCUAUGAGCAAGCUGGACAGUGUUCAACCUAACUCACAAGAUAACACCUCACCACGUAUAGAAUUAUACACUGCCCUCCCAUGACUUUAGGCACAGGUGACAUGUCCCAAGACUUUUGGCACAUCCCAUUAAAGGUAAUCUGUCUCUUGGACAGUCCUAGCCAGAACCCGCCGGUCACGAUCUUUAACACCUACAGUAUGAGCAAGCUGGCCAGUAUUUAGCCUCACACUGCCAUCCCAUGACUUUUGGCACUGAUGAUAUGUCCCAUGACUUUUGGCAUUUCAGUGUAUUGUGCAUAGACUGUUAAACAAGAUCACAUUUCAGAAUUCUUUCUGUGUAUUAUCUGAUCAAGUGUCCAGAAUUGGUUGAAUGAAUGUAAAUUUACUGAAAUUAAAUAUUGUGUUAAAAUUACUGUUAUAAUAUCCCAAUAUUUUAUCCCAAUAAAAAAUUGUCUUCCAACCA